AUGGCGACGUAUCAGAACGGCGUGGCUCCGGCCCGCGCCCUCAAUGUCGACAGCGACGACGAGGAGGCCUUGGUGGCCGAGUACAAGGAGCACGUCCAGUACGAGGACGGCGAGGAGCUGAGCCAGACCACGUCAUUGACCAUGGCGCAACAAACAGACGAUAUCCAGGCACGGCUGGUCCAGGCCGCGCAGCCGCUGGACUUUUCGGCGCCCCUCGAGGUCAAAUUCCAGAGCUACGACUCGUACUGCAGCCUGUUCCACUUCAUCCUCAACUCGGAAGGCCCGGUUGACCUCGAGCCCCCGUCGUACUACUGGGCCUGGGACGUCAUCGACGAGUUCAUCUACCAGUUCAACUCGUUCAGCUCAUACCGAUCUCGAAUCGCGCGCCAGGCGUCCAACGAGGAGGAGAUGCAAAUCCUGCGCGAGAACCCCAACACGUGGGGAUCGUACAGCGUUCUCAACGUACUGUACUCGCUCAUCCAGCGGUCGCAGAUUACCGAGCAGCUGGCUGCCAUGAAGCGCAACGAGGACCCCAUGGCCGUGGCUGGCGAGUACGGAUCCAGGAACCUGUACAAGAUGCUGGGCUACUUCUCCAUCAUCGGCCUGCUGCGGAUCCACUGCCUGCUGGGCGACUUUAGCCUCGCCCUCAAGACGCUCGACGACAUUGAGCUCAACAAAAAGGCCAUGUUUGCCCGGGUCAUGGCGGCCCACUUCACGACGUACUACUACGUCGGCUUCUCGUACAUGAUGAUGCACCGCUACGCCGACGCCAUCCGCAUGUUCAGCCACAUCCUCGUCUACGUCUCGAGGACCAAGAACUUCCAAAAGAACGCCCAGUACGACUCGAUUACCAAGAAGAACGAGCAGAUGUACGCCCUGAUUGCCAUCUGCGUCGCCUUCCAGCCGACGAGGCUCGACGACACGAUCCACGGCGCGCUGCGUGAGAAGUACGGCGACCAGCUCCUCAAGCUGCAGCGGGGCGGGCCCGACUCGCUGCCCAUCUUCGAGGAGCUCUUCCGCACGGCCUGCCCCAAGUUCAUCUCGCCGGUACCGCCAGACUUUGACCACCCUGAGUCCAACGUGGACCCGGUCGAAUACCACCUGGCCGUUUUCAUGGACGAGGUCAAGACCAACAUGUGGAGCCCGACCAUCAAGUCGUACCUGAGACUCUACACCACAAUGGACCUCACCAAGCUCGCCGGCUUCCUCGAGGUGAAGCCCGAGGAGCUGCGGUCCUGGCUGCUGGUGACGAAGCAGCGGACGAAGCAGCUGCGGUGGCAGGACCAGGGCCUGCUCGAUGGCGAUCUCGUCAAUGUCAGCGACCUCGACUAUGCACUGCAAGGGGACCUGAUUCACAUUUCGGAAGCCAAGGUUGGCAGGAAGUUGGUGGACUGGUAUCUCCGCAACCUGUCCCGCACCUACAACUAG